AUGAGGAUGGGUCGGCCUCCUAUAAGCUUGUUGUUAACAAGACCACAAAUGCUAAUCCUUUUUGAAUAUAUCUUGAGUAAAGAGACGACCUAUUUGAAAGAAAUGAGCCAACAUCUCUUUGAAGUCACAGGAACAUUGCCAUCAAUUCAAAGUAUGCAAUACCUCUUAAAAAGAUUUGGAUACUCAAGAAAGAGGGUAAGAAAAAUUAGGAUUUUAGAAAUUAAUUAAAAUGCGUGCUGUUAUAUUUACCAUUUCAACAAUUUUGUUUAGGUAAAAAAAGUGGCCCUUAGGAAGCGUGUAGAGCUUGUAAGAGAAUACAAAAUUGAAGUUGGAGUUUUUAGAGCCGAGGAAUUGAUUUUUAUUGACGAAACGUUCUGUGUAUGUGCUCAUUGCAAUAAUAGUUUGUUAUUCGCCUAUGAUUUGGACGUCAUACAUCUUAAAUGUCAUGUUUGGCAAUCCUUUUUGUAUAGGACAGACGAAUCACCAGAAAUUACGGAUACAGCGUUGUUGGUGAUACAGCAUCUGGUUCAUAUGUGUCUCCUCAUGGACCACGAAUUAGUGUAACAGCAGCGAUUUCCUACAAUGGUCUCAUAGCUGCAAACGCCAGCGCUGAAAAUUUUGAGGCUGUUGGAUUUUUGGAUUUUUUGCGCACCAACAUUACACCAUUGCUUCGGCCAUAUAAUGGCUUAAAUGCAACAUCAGUUGUCGUAAUGGGUAAGCGUUUACUUAAAUGUAUUAGUGAUUUAUAAAACAUUAUAUAUGCGUAUAUGAAACUAGUAUUUUAUGUGGAUAUUGUGUACCAAGCUAUAUCGUAAGGGUAAUCUACAGUGCGUUCUACGGAAGACGGACAUGUUUCUUUUGAAGAGUCCCCAUAAAAAAUCUCCCGCUGUUUAUUGCAUAAAGUACUUGAAAUUAGUAUGUUUUUUAGUUGCCAUUGCGUCGAAAUUUUUAACCGACACGGCUAGUGAACAAAUGUAAAACAGCGUUUAAUUGUAUUCAAACGAACUGUUCAAAAUAAUACUAAGAGGUAUUGUAAGUUCUUUUGUUGUUUUAAAAUAUGAACAUUGUUGGUGAAACAUGCCUAAAACGUGCUGUCAGUUAUCUUUAGUGACCAGGUUGUGUUGGAUCAAAAGUAAAUGGUUCAUGUACGUAAUCUGUUUAAAUCGUUUUUUAAACUAUUUUCUAUAGACAACCACGCUGUUCAUCAUGUCGUUGAAGUAAGGGAUAUAAUUGAAGAUACGGGAGCUAUAUUACUGUUCCUUCCACCUUAUAGUCCGGAGCUCAACCCAAUUGAGGGUGUAUUUUCCAUUGUGAAACAAUUCAUUCGGGCAAAUGAUGGGAUCUUUCUCACAACUGAUGAUGCAGAGACGUUUGUUUUUCAGUCUUUCCUACAAGUCCUGCAAAGUGACGUGCAAGCUUUGUAUCACCAUUGUGGAUAUUGACUUUGGAAUAAAAACUAUAUAUACUCAAUGUUGUCUGUUUUUAUUUUUUUCUGCUUUUUUAUAUCAUAAAUUGCACACCAACAUUUAUUAAAAAGACCACGAUAAAUUAUUUCAUUCCGACAGUUGAAGAACUUCAAACCAACACUCAUCCAAAUACACAGCAUCAACUGAGGUCCGUUAAAUCUCUUACAAUAACUUGCUUUUGCUCGUUGAACUCGUCCUCACCAAGAAUGCCAUCUUUCUUUAGCUCACCAAGAGUUUUUAAUUGAUUCAACAGCAGUGUUCUUUCAUUUUGACUCUUAAACAGAAAGAAUUAGAAACUAAGGAUGAGUCACAAGUACUAGAUAAAGCAUGAGCAGCCGAUCUGCAUCUGAUUUACAAGGCGAGUCACAGACGAGCUGCACUAAAUCAGAUACAGAUCGGAUGCGAAUGCUUUAUUGUACUUAAAAUACGAAUGCAUCUAAGUAAUCAAGUUUACCAACUACAUGUAUUUUGCCGAUAUGGUUCGUUUUAGCCGAGAAAUUUGAAGCUAAAGUUUAUGUAAAUCAAGGCGAAAUCUGUACCGAUUUACAGAUAUUGAUUAAACAUUCAUUUCUUUUGAAUUUUCGUCAUGAAUUGUUAAUGAGUAUUUUAAGUACAAAUACAAAUACCUUUUAUUUUGACUCUUAAGAUUUACACAGAAGGAUGAUUCACAAAUAUGCUUCAUGGUUCGUGUAUAUACCUCAGAUGUCGUUUCACUGUUAGGAAGAGAUGCAUUGUUGGCAGCUUUCGUUUCUUCUACAAAUGUUUUGACUGCUUCAGUCAAAGCACUUGUGAGUUCUCUCACUCCAUUACUUGCUUUCUUUUGACGUUUAUUUUCGUUGAAAAUUGGGUAGUUCGGCGGAGAUAUGUAGCUGUCGUGAAUACCUCUUACCUAAACAAUGGCCAUAUAUCAAGACAAUUUUUAAAAUUUUCAGGCAUACAAUGCAUGCCUGUUAUACAUACGUACGAUCGCUAAACAUAGAGCUAAGUAUUUGGGCAAAACCCUCCGUCUCUCAUACAAGCAGACUUCAGAAAUAAUCACAAAAUUACAGUUCUUGUUGUAAAUAAAAUUUAACAACAGAAAGCACCUACAAUAGCUUCCGCCCAUAAUCUAUAUUCCCCAACGGUCCACUUGUCUUUGUUAAUAUCUUGAAGCUUUUUUGCCGCAGCGAUUUUCCUUUCCUCUCGUUCUUGAGUUACGGAUGUUUUUCUUUUCUUGGGUGGUUGAGCCGAUUGAGAAAGUGACUGUGCAACUGAAAAAUAGAAAUAUGACGUUGGUUUGAUAAAUCAGAUACAAUGCAUAUGCAAUUCACUAACAGAAGACCCAUUGUAUUAUCCACCUAUACCUUGUGUUCGAAGUUCUGGGUCAGAUUCUUGUUCUGUCUCAACCAUGAAAAAAACUGGAUGCUUAACUGGAUGCCCCAGCCCAGUCUGAAAAGCUUUUGCCACAUCAUCAUCCGAUGUGAUCUUGACUUUUUUGUUGCUAUAUCCAAUAUAGCCAACAUCUAUUCCAUGUGAGCAGCCGCCGUGAAAUUCAUUUCCAAAUAACGAAACGAACUGUUCUUUUAACUCGGUCAGAGAUUUAGGUUUUGAGAAAUGCUCAAAAAAUCGCGUUUCGAAUUUUCUUUUAUUCUUUUUAUCUUUGAUUAAUCUCACAUAAAUGCCAAAGGUCUCCAUAACACAACUAUAAGUAAUAGAUUUGUUUCUGCGUCUGCAGUUUGAAAAUCCGUCGUACUUACCAAAGAACCAAAGACAAAAGAAAUUACUAGUGUGACAGCAACUGGAAAUGUGAUCCUUGCAAUUAGUUCAGUCCUGGGCUUCGCCUUGGAAUCCGGUAAAGUCCUCAUUGUCGUACUUGAUAUAUUACAUCUUAUUUGAAUAUAAUGAAAAAUGCAAAACAAUCGCGAGAUUUUAAAAAACAAAACGAGAGUAAAUGCUUUUUUUUCUGCGCAUAUUAUAACAUUUUUUACUUUGAUGUCCCGAUAAUUGUUUCUCAUGUUUUCAAAUCUUUUAAGCCUAGGUUGGACACAAUUAGUGCAAACACAGCAAAGCUUUCUUCCAAGCAGGUUUAAUAAGACAAAGCCUUAUAGUUCCCUGUUGAAUAUUAUUUUGUUCGUCUUGUUUUUAAUUACAUGCUUUGGUCGCUCGAAAUAUUAAUUUCGUUGUUUUAUCUUUUGCAAGCACUUCAAUUCUUUUCGGUGUAGACAAAUGUGCAAAUCUACCUGGCAGGAAACCCUAAUAACAAACAUAGCACAAAAAGGGACGAGCUUUGAGGGUGUCAAUGAAUUAAACACAAACUAUGUUUGCAUGCAUGGUUUUUUAAAUGGUGUGAUAGAAGUGGUCUGUUACGGAAUUCGUAUAUGAUUAUCCAAGAAAACAAAUGGUAAAUACAAAACUUCCUUAAUAAUUCACUUCCUGCAUAAUUAAGUUGUAGUAAUGCACUAAAAUCAAAUAAAAUACAAAUUAUUCUUUCCUGUCUAACUAUAGCAUUAGUUAUAUGUAUUAUAUUAACGGUAUCAUACAUUAGCGAAAUUAAACAUGUUAGCUAAUUAACUCUUGUCACAAUUUGGAACCUGAUCUUUUUGGCAUGUCGUAAUUUAUCCUUUUGCAUUCUUAGAGAUUUAGACGCUUAUUAGCAUGCCUCGAUGAAUUUCUUUGUUUAUUCUUUCGUAUUCACUUGUGCUUAUUUUAUAGCUGUAACCUACGUCCAGAAUUAGUAUAUUUUGCCAACGGAAAUUUUAACGGAAUCGAUAGUCAUUCGAUAUUUCAUCUCCUGAAACUCAGCACGCGUAGCAUUCGUGACCUGGCGAAGCAGAAACGUUCAUUUCCUACUAGCCAUUAUGUUUAUUUCCAAAUGUUCAUUUCCUACUAGCCAUUAUGAUUAUGUGCAAAGACAUCAAUCAAUGAUUCUUUUAUUCAUUUGAGCUGUUGGAAUAAUAUUGCAAUAUACAAUACGUUGCGAGCGACAUUUGAUGUAUGCGUUCGCGUAUAAUUAACCCAAGAAAAGUCAAAAUGGCCGACAUAUAUAUAUAUUCGAAGGUCAAACUUUUCUGGAUCCAGUGUAUAUAUAUAUAUAUAUAUAUAUAUAUAUAUAUACAUACAUAUAUAUAUAUAUAUAUAUAUAUAUAUAUAUAUAUAUAUAUAUAUAUAUAUAUAUAUAUAUAUAUAUAUAUAUACAGAGGAAGUUAGAAGCACUGGAUAUUGAAAUUAAUAUUAUAGGUGAUUUUAACUUUGAUGUAGGUGCUUCUCCCCCUAAUGCACCUACUAAGCAUUUCUUGGAUCUCUGCAACUUAUACCAGUACCAUCAACUUAUUAAAGAGCCUACUCGAAUAACCGAACGCUCUUCAACUACAAUUGAUUUAUUUAUUACUAAUAAUCCAACAAUGUAUGUGAAAUCUGGAGUUUGCCACGUUGGUAUUAGUGACCAUUCACUUGUAUAUGCAAUUCGUAAACUUUGUGUAUCUAGAAAGAAUCCUAGAAUAAUUCGCAGCAGGCAAUUUAGAGAUUUCAACGCAAAUUCAUUUAGAUAUGAUCUCAGCUUAGCCCCGUGGCAUAUCAUUGAGGAGUAUGAAAAUGAUCCAAAUCUUGCUUGGGAUGCUUGGAAAACUAUAUUCCUGAAAAUAUCUGAUAUUCAUGCACCCAAACGGAGUAGAAAAAUUCGAAAUAAGCACUCUCCUUGGUUAACCCCAGAACUUAAGAAAUUGAUGUGUGAGAGGGACCGACUGAAAAGAAUAGCAAGUAAACAUGAUACUGAACAUAACUGGUCCAAGUAUAGAAGUGCACGAAAUAAUGUUAACAGAUGUAUACACAAGAUGCCAAAGUUGCAUAUUAUCACAAUUACUUUAUAUAUAUAUAUAUAUAUAUAUAUAUAUAUAUAUAUAUAUAUAUAUAUAUAUAUAUAUAUAUAUAUAUAUAUAUAUACAGAGGAAGUUAGAAGCACUGGAUAUUGAAAUUAAUAUUAUAGGUGAUUUUAACUUUGAUGUAGGUGCUUCUCCCCCUAAUGCACCUACUAAGCAUUUCUUGGAUCUCUGCAACUUAUACCAGUACCAUCAACUUAUUAAAGAGCCUACUCGAAUAACCGAACGCUCUUCAACUACAAUUGAUUUAUUUAUUACUAAUAAUCCAACAAUGUAUGUGAAAUCUGGAGUUUGCCACAUUGGUAUUAGUGACCAUUCACUUGUAUAUGCAAUUCGUAAACUUUGUGUAUCUAGAAAGGAUUCUAGAAUAAUUCGCAGCAGGCAAUUUAGAGAUUUCAACGCAAAUUCAUUUAGAUAUGAUCUCAGCUUAGCCCCGUGGCAUAUCAUUGAGGAGUAUGAAAAUGAUGCAAAUCUUGCUUGGGAUGCUUGGAAAACUAUAUUCCUGAAAAUAUCUGAUAUUCAUGCACCCAAACGGAGUAGAAAAAUUCGAAAUAAGCACUCUCCUUGGUUAACCCCAGAACUUAAGAAAUUGAUGUGUGAGAGGGACCGACUGAAAAGAAUAGCAAGUAAACAUGAUACUGAACAUAACUGGUCCAAGUAUAGAAGUGCACGAAAUAAUGUUAACAGAUGUAUACAAGAUGCCAAAGUUGCAUAUUAUCACAAUUACUUUAGAAAUAGCUUUGGUGAUAUUAAAAACACAUGGAAAGGUGUGAAUGAGCUUAUGGGUAAAAAUUCCCAUACCAAUGUAAUAAGCAGCAUUAAAGUUGAUGACUGUAACUACACUUCUUCAAGUGACAUAAGUAAUGCUUUUAAUAACUACUUUACUCAAAUUGGACCUAAAUUAGUUAAUAAUGUUCCCACCUCAAACUCUAACUUUGAGCAAUAUAUUACCACCACCGAUAAUAAUUUUUCUAUCACUGAGACAAAUAAUACAAUUGUGUACAACUUGAUCCAAUCACUUCCUGUAAAUAAAUCUACUGGUUUAGAUGAGAUAUCAUGCAAGCUAUUAAAAGAAGCUUCGCCAAUUGUUUUUUCAUCCUUAACCCAUAUAAUAAACUUAUCCAUAAGAAAUGGGGUAUUUCCCAAUGAUUGGAAAAGAGCUAGGGUAAUGCCAAUAUAUAAAGAAGACACAAAAUCAGAUCCUGAUAAUUAUAGACCAAUAUCUAUCUUACCGAUUGUCAGUAAAAUAAUUGAAAAGAUCGUUUUCUCUCAGUUUUAUGGAUACCUAAUCGAUAAUAAUCUAUUGUCUAGUUCCCAACAUGGAUUUAGACCAUUACAUUCAACACUUACGACUCUUCUAAUAUCUACCAACAAUUGGUACCAAAAUAUUGAUAAAGGGCUAUUUAAUGGAAUUCUAUUACUAGACUUAAAAAAGCCUUUGAUACCGUGAACCAUCCAAUUUUAUUAAAGAAGCUUGAGAUGUAUGGCGUAGAUCCUAAUUCUAUCAAUUGGUUUAGAUCAUAUCUAACAGGUCGCAAACAAUGCACAAGCAUUAAUGGCACAUUGUCUAGCUUGCUACCUGUUACUUGUGGGGUUCCUCAGGGAUCGGUGCUUGGGCCCUUAUUGUUUCUAAUUUAUAUUAAUGAUCUUCAAGCCUACAUCGUCCCUUAUGAUGUAUGCUGAUGAUACAUGUUUAACUGUUAGUUCUAACGAUCCAAAAGACCUAGAGCUUAAACUAAAUAACGAACUUAGAAAAGUGCAAACGUGGCUAAGGGCUAAUAAGCUUACUCUGAAUGUAAAGAAGACACAAUUCUUAAUCCUAGGAAGCCAAGCGAGAUUAAGUAAUCUGAAUUAUCGCUUUAACAUUCAAAUUAAUGGACAGUCUAUAGAAAGAAUGUAUUCUUAUAGAUACUUGAGCCUUGAAAUUGAUGAAUCUUUAAAUGAUGAAUAUUUGUAA